CACCAGUCCAAAGAUCACAUGCCCUGCCCCCCUCGCCUUCUCUCUCUCUCUCUCUCUUCUCUCCAACCCUCUUCUCAAACGCACGAAACCCACUCUAUAUUCUUGAACUCAUCCCGCUUCGCUUCGGGGCUCCGAGUCGCCGGAGAAUCGGAAACCGGCUCCCUUUCCCCGGAGGCUUCGGGGAGCUCCCAUGGCGGAGGAGCCAGGCUCUGGAGCUCCGGAGCACGACAAGGCCGAUCGAGAGGGGUCUCCGGAGAGCUCUUCUUGUCCUCCUCUUGAGGCUGAGGGGGGUGAUUCCAAAACCCUCGGCUCACCCGAUUCCUCCUCCCAACCCGGCGGAGAUGGAGGAAGCGCCGGCGACCGUCGCUCCUUCUCGCAGCUCCUCGCGGGGGCCAUGGCAUCGGCGGCGCCGGGGAGCGCCGGUGUCGCCCCGUUCCUCACCGUGCCUGUUGUCACCAUCCCCUGCUACAUCGCCCCCGCCGCGGGGCUCGCGGGGCAGUUUGCAAUGACGCAUCAAGCAGUCUUGGCAUCUGUCAUGGCUCAGGCACUGAUGCAAUUGCAAAAAGCAUAUCCCUCUUCCUCAUCAGAGUUCUUAAGAAACUCUGUAACACAACCUCAAAUAUCCAACAUUACUCUGUUGCCAUUGCAACAAGACCCAUUGCCUGUAGCAGGGAACAAUGCCUGUGCACCACAGAUGGAGCAGCCACCUUCAUCUGACCAGAAACCUCAGUCUGCUUCUAUUGUUGUAAAGACAAGCUCUGACGAUGAAAAGACUAGCUCAGAUGAUGAUUACAACUGGCGGAAAUAUGGUCAGAAACAGGUGAAGAACAGCGAGAAUAUCAGAAGCUAUUAUAGAUGUGCAUAUGCUAACUGUUCUGUUAAGAAGAAGGUCGAAUGCUGUCAAGAUGGCCAUGUCGCUGACAUAGUUUACAGCGGCUGUCACAAUCAUGAACCACCCCUGAGAGUUAGAAGCUCUAGAGAGAGAAAGGCAAAACGUAGUGCCCCAUCUGUGGUAAAUAAAAAAAUAGAUCUUCCAGGAGCAGAAAAUAAUGCAACAGUUUCUUCUGCAUCUAAACUACCGCACAGUUCUGGUAAUGAAACCCUCGAACAACAUUUACCCUGUUCAGAUGGCCAUGAAGGAGAUUCUGCGGUGAAGACUGAAGAAGAUCUUGGUGAUAAACCAGAUCCAAAGAGAAGAAGCACUGAAAACACCAUUCUUGAUCUAGCUCCUGUACUCAAAACUAUUAGAGAGACUAAAGUUAUAUUGCAGACAGCAUGUGAUGUGAGCCUAACAAGUGAUGGCUACAGGUGGAGGAAGUAUGGGCGGAAAUUUGUGAAAGGAAAUCCAAAUCCCAGAAGCUACUAUAGGUGCACCCAUAUUGGAUGUCCUGUACGUAAACAUGUAGAGAGGUCUUCUGAGGAUGCAAAAUCUUUGCUCAUAACAUAUGAAGGCAAGCACAACCAUGAGUUGCCACCCCUAAAAGAUGGCAGCAAUCCACCUGAUAGCGCUCUUCUUACCGCUGCUGCUGCGACUGCUAUGACCACUAAUGAGCAAACACCAAAAAAUGUCCCCUUGUUAUAUGAAACACCCACAACCAAAUGGUUGCCGGAUGUGGAUGGGAAGGUAUCUAAUGAGCAGGUUCAAGAGCUUGGAGGUGAGAAAGCAAUAGAAUCUGCCCAGACUCUUCUAACUAUGGGACUAAGUGCAACUUCAGAAAACGCUGGCAGUAAAAAUUCAGGAGGUAUUCAGCAGCCUCGUUCAAAUGGGAACUGCGCAAUAGUUCCGGUCGAAAACUCGUGAAUGGAUAGGUCCAUUUAGUUUGUUAUAUCAUUCUGCUGUAUUUUCUUUAUUUUCACUCCUAUUGGAUGCCUAUGUUAUAUAAAUACUUUCCUUCAGUGCAGUUGUUGAGCUGCUUCUAAUUUCCCAAUAUCAUACUACAAAAGACAUUUUUUUCAAAUGUAUUGGUU